AUGAGAGCCUUUUUAGCUUUAUGCUUAAUUGCCAUUGCUUCUGCUAAUGUUGUUUCAAUAAGUACUGCUAACUUUAAUGAUUAUGUUAAAGGAGAAAAACCAGUUUUUAUUAAAUUCUUUGCACCAUGGUGUGGACAUUGUAAGAGACUUGCUCCAAUUUAUGAAGAAUUCUCAAAUGUUGCAGCCACUGAAUUCCCAAAUUUAAUUGUUGGUGAAGUUGAUUGUACUCAAAACCAAGAUAUUUGUGAACAUGUCCAAGGAUAUCCAACAGUUAUCUUAUACAAAGGUAAUGAAAGUACUGAAUUUGAAGGUCCAAGAACUGUUGAAGCUCUUAAAGAAUUUAUUGCUCAAAAAAUUUAA